AUGAGAGCUUGUACCAAUCAUCCUUAAGAAAAAAUUCAAAAUAUUUGUAUAGCUAACCAUUAAUGCAAAAGAUUUUUAUGUUAAAAAUGCUAAAACAGCCAUGGAGUAGGAGAUUUAGAUAAAUUAAACAUAGAGGACUUUAAUAAAAUAAUCCAAAAUCAAUUUGAGUUAUUCUAAUAGAAAUCUAAAUCACUCCAAAUAGAACGACAAAAAAAUGAAUUUAAAGAAUUUAUAAAAGAAGCCAAGAAUAAAUUUGAAAGAUUAGAUUAAGAGAUGUCCAAAUAAUUUGAGAUGAUAGACAAAGAAGAACAGUAUUAUUUUGAACUUAUAACAUCUCACUCUCCUAAAGUAAAUUACUCAGAUUAGAAUAUAAAUUCUUUAAUUGAGAUAAUAAGAAAAAAAUUAGAAAAUUGGAAUUUUUACAAAGAUGGUUUUUUUCAAUAAUUAAUGAGGAUUAAAAAUAACUUAGAAGAAACCUUAUCUUAAUGCUUAAAUAAUAUAAUUACAUAUAAUUCUUUGGAUUGUAAAGGAUUAAAAAGAUUUUGUGCUUAAUUGCAAGAAACUCAGUUUUAAGUUAUAUACACAAAAAAUAUGGAAAUGGUUUACGUUUUAGAUGGAGAAAUCCUUAGAUGCGAUUCAAUAGAAGAUUAUAACAAUAAACCUUAGAUAAUGAAAAAUUUAUAAUAGAUUAAGCAUCUAAAGUGGCAUGGCUCAUUUAAUUUGGAGUAUAAAAAGUAAGGAGUAUGGUACCCAACUUGGAAAGGCCUUAAAAUUGAUGCUGGAGGGAGUUAUUUAAAUGGAUUAAAGUAGGGAAAUUGGAAAGAAUUAGGUUAAAAUUAUUGGGAAAAAGCUGAAGUGUUUUAAUAGGGGAACUAUUAAAAUAAUUAGAAGAAAGGUGUUUGGUAAAUCAUUCGCAAAAAUAAACAAACUCAUGAAAGUACUUAUUCAGAUCAUGGAGUAAAGAUUGGAAGAGGGUUUGACUUACAUGAUAAUUAUCAUGAAGGAAAUUAAGUCAUUUUUAAUGGAGAAUACAAACAAGGGAAAAAAAUAGGCAAAUGGAAUACUCUGUUAAAGGAAAAAUUAUUAUGUAGUGGGGAGUACGAUGAAUAAGGAAUAAAACGUGGUUAAUGGGAAGAAUUGCAUAAUAAUUUUUUUGAAUGUAAUGAUUUAAUUGAGUCAGGAUUAUACUUAGGCUCAUAAAUUGGAUAAUUACCAAUUUCACAGAAAUCUGGAUAAUGGAAUAUAAAAUUUGAAGGCAAUGUUAUUGGUGGCGGAUAAUACCAAAAUGGAUUUAAGAAUGGAUUAUGGACAGAAGUGCAUGAUUAAUUUUCUCAAUAAAACUAAAUUUUUUACUAGGGGGCGUAUAAAAAUGGAAAAAAAGUUGAAGAUUGGAAAAUACUAUAUAAAAGAGAAGAAGCGAGUAAAGCAGAUUUAAUUGGUGGAGGCAAAUAUGAUGAAAAUCAGUUAAAAACUGGUAAUUGGAAAGAAUUGCAUGAGAAUUUUCAUAUUUAUGGAUAGAUUAUAUAUUAGGGUGUUUAUAGUAAAGGGAAGAAGCAGUAAAAAUGGGUUAUUUAGUAUCGUUCCCAAAGCGAAUAAAAUAUCAUAGAAAUAGGCGGAGGAUUAUAUGACUCGGAAGGACGGAAGGAUAACCUUUGGGUAGAAUUACAUUAAAAUUUCUCAGGGCAAAGAGAGGUUUUAUUGAAGGGGAAAUACAAAAAUGGAAAAAAGUAUGAUAAAUGGGAAAUUUUAUAGAUGAUGGAUAAUAAAGACAGAAUAUAAGGAAUAUAGGAGGAGGAUGUUAACGAUGAAAAUUAGUUGAAACAUGGCAAAUGGACUGAUUUGUAUGAAAACUUCAAUAAUGAUGCUCAAGUAAGAUAUAAAGGGGAGUAUAAAAAUGGUAAGAAACAAGGUGCAUGGAAAAUUGACCUUAGAGAAACAAAGGUAGCAAAAAUUGAAAUGACAAUUGGAAAUGGAGAUUAUGAUGAAAAUGGUAGAAAGACUGGUGAAUGGGUAGAAUUAGUAGAUGAUUAUGAUAAAUGGAAACAAAUCAUUUAUAAAGGAGUAUAUGUUGAAGGUGUGAAGGUAGGAGAUUGGAAUUAGUGGAUAAGGAUAGAAGAUGGACUUAAGUUGUGAAAUCAAUAACAAAUAAAAAAUUUGAUCGAUUAUUAUGGAGUUGAUAUUUCUGUAUUGGCCCAAAACAAGUUGAUUUCUCUAUAGUAUUUAUAAUAUCUUCCAAGAUAUCCAUUCUUUUU